AGUGAGAGAGAGAGGAUGUGCGAAAGCAGCAGCAACGGGAAUGAGAGCCAAAGGAAACGUGGCACGAAGCGGGCCGCGGGUCGCGGGAGGCACGUGGCGGCCAGCUGUCGCCCGAUUGCGGAACAGAGCACCGUGCAGCAAAGCAAGAGGCACGCAGCAGGAGCUGAGGACUGCAAGACAGAGAACGGCGGGGGCGGCGGCGCCGGUGGAGGACCGACCAAGCCUGGCGUGGGGUUCCACCACUCUCUAUCGAGCACCGGUGGGCACAUGUCCGAUUUCCCGGUAGAGGGUGCUGAGAACGGGGAUAUGGCGGCGGUGAUGGAAAACUUCCAGAAGAAGAAUGCAUCGAUGGUUUCGCGACCCCAAGUCACCAGCACGUCCGCAGCACAGAUGCUGCAGGCCAACACUACGUCCUCCACCUCUAGUUCCCGCGUCGCCAAAUCGUCUUGUUCCACGUCGUCGUCCUCGUCGUCACAAAGGGUGCACCACAUGACGUCCUCCAGCGAGAUGAAAGCGUCGUCAAUGAAAUCAGACCUCUCCGAACUGAAGUCCAGCAUCUCGGAGAUGAAGAACUUGUCAAGUCCAAUGAAUUUCAGUCGCUUACGCAGUUCAAUGGAGGAACUGGACCGUGUUGAUGGUGGUGGUGUAGGUUGUGUCAGUGACGCUACAAGUCCUGAACCGCUGGUGACAUUUCCUGACCCCGAUACUCCGUCUCCACCCCCGGUAACCGGUACCGUGUGUUUGACAAGCCCUAACCUGGUGGUGAGCAGCAUGCCCCCUGGGGUUGCUCACAACUCCAUCUCGACAGCUAGCGCGGCAAGUUCGUCAGAAACUGUUAAGUUCGAACAGAAGCGUGUGACGUCAGCGUCCAAAACGAAAGUUGUGACGGACGGGUUUAGCUCUGAACAGGCGAUGGCCAAUUCGACGGAGAUGAAGCGGGUGCAGACGGGGGAGGUCAGUUACCAGGAGCAGUCGGCAGCAGCUGCCGUCAGGGCGAGGCUGGAGAUGGACGGCGUCUCGGCGGAGAAGUCCAUGGCACUGAAGCAGGAGCAGAGGUCGCUGAAGGCAGGGGAAAUAACACAGCAGGAGACCCAAAACAUGUCAGCGUCCAGUAUGAAGCUGCAGACAGAAACAUUUACAGCUGAAAGGAAAGCAAUGGCAGCUCAACAGCAGCGACAGACUGUUACUUCAUCAGGCAUCUUCAACCAUGAGAAACACGUGGCAGCAUCUACGCAGUCCAAUAUCACCAUCACAGCUAAGGGCAUGUGCACAAAAUCAUCCACGAUAUCAGCAGCCUCACAGAUGAGUCAGCUGAUGAAUGGGGCCAUAAAAUCAUCUGAGGAUGAUCUACUCAACCAGAGUUUCGAAGAUUUGGAACGACUCUCUGCAAAUUCCAACCCACAAGAAGUGGACCGUGCCAUCCACAAAUACUCGGAAUGCCUAGACUUGUUUAUAAAGACCUUGAAGCGUAGUGGCAGUGGGUCUGAGGUGAAACCUACAAGAGUCCCACAGAUAUUGAAUUGCAUGAAUGAGAUGAUGCGCAAAGCCUGGGCUGUCCCUACACAUGGUCAUACUUUAGGUUACUCCUUGUGCAAUGCCUUGCGCACAUUGGGGGGACUUGAUCUCCUCAUGAUCAACUGUCUUAAUGAAGAUCGGGAGCUCCAGUUUUCAAGUGCUCGGCUCCUGGAACAGUGUCUCACUACUGAAAAUCGUGCACAUGUUGUGAAAAAUGGGCUGGACACAGUUGUGAAAGUGGCUUGCUUUUGUACGAAGGGUGCUAACUCAGCAGAUCACUCGCGCACAGGAACUGGAAUCCUAGAGCAUCUCUUCAAGCAUAGUGAAGGGACAUGUAGUGAUGUAGUGCGUUUAGGUGGUCUAGAUUCUGUCCUGUUUGAAUGCAGAAAGAAUGACAUAGAGACACUCCGCCACUGUGCAGGUGCCCUAGCUAAUCUGUCCCUGUAUGGGGGGGCAGAGAACCAAGAAGCAAUGAUCAAACGGAAGGUUCCCAUGUGGCUGUUCCCCCUGGCGUUCCAUGAUGAUGAUAACAUCAAGUAUUAUGCCUGUCUGGCCAUUGCUGUUCUGGUAGCGAAUAAAGAGAUUGAGGCAGCUGUCCUGAAGUCAGGGACACUGGAUCUGGUGGAGCCUUUUGUCACUUCACAUAAUCCAUCGGACUUUGCCAAAUCAAAUCUUGCCCAUGCGCAUGGGCAGAGCAAGAACUGGCUACAGAGACUUGUCCCAGUUUUGAGUUCUAAGAGAGAGGAAGCUCGUAAUCUUGCUGCAUUCCACUUCUGCAUGGAAGCAGGAAUCAAGAAACAGCAGGGAAAGACUGACAUCUUUGGUGAAAUUGGAGCUAUUGAACCUCUCAAGAAAGUGGCUAGUUGUCCCAAUGCAGUUGCUUCCAAGUAUGCGGCUCAAGCCCUUCGGCUUAUAGGGGAGGAAGUUCCGCACAAACUGAGUCAGCAAGUGCCUCUCUGGUCCACUGAAGAUGUUCGAGAAUGGGUUAAACAGAUUGGAUUUGCUGAAUAUGCUGGUAACUUUGUGGACAGCCGUGUGGAUGGAGAUCUGCUGCUUCAGCUCACUGAGGGGAAUCUGAAGGAUGACAUCGGUAUUACAAAUGGAAUUCGCCGACGAAGGUUUACCAGGGAGUUGCAGAACCUGAAGAAGAUGGCUGAUUACAGCAGUCGAGAUACUGGCAAUUUGAACUCGUUCCUGCUGGGUCUUGGUGCAGAAUUCUCCAUUUACACAUACUCCAUGUUGAAUGCUGGUGUAGACAAGGACUCAAUCCGAAAUCUAUCUGAAGAUCAGCUGACAAAUGAGUGUGGGAUUUCUAAUAGCAUUCAUCGACUCAGGAUAUUAGACUCCAUAAAAAAUUUGGAGAACGGACUUCUAAAUUCCAGCGAGAAGAGCUUAGAUAAAUCAUUAGAUGUGUUUGUCAGCUAUAGAAGAUCAAAUGGGUCCCAGCUAGCAAGUUUGCUGAAAGUCCAUCUGCACCUGAGGACAUUCUCUGUGUUCAUUGAUGUGGAGCGGUUGGAAGCUGGCAAAUUUGAUAACAACCUUCUGCAGAGUAUCAGACAGGCACGACACUUCCUUCUGGUGCUGACUCCAAAUGCUCUGGAUCGCUGCAUUGGUGAUGUGGAGUGCAAAGACUGGGUUCACAGGGAGAUUGUGGCAGCUCUACAGUCAAACUGCAACAUCAUUCCCAUCAUAGACAACUUCCAGUGGCCAGAACCUGAGGAACUUCCUGAAGACAUGCGCGCUGUUUGCCACUUCAAUGGUGUCAGAUGGAUCCAUGAUUACCAGGAUGCUUGUGUGGACAAGCUGGAGAGGUUUAUGCGCGGGGAGCUAAAUGUGCGGUCCGAUGGCCUGUUAGGACGUGUAGCACUAAACAAGGGUGAUGCAACACCCGGAACCCCAUCUGGCAAUACUCUGGGUCGCCAGCCACCCAGUUACCAACGUAUGCACAGCAAUGAGAGUGGGAAGGGUAGUGACAAGGAUGUCAAUGGCAACUCAGGAGGGGGGAGGGAUUGACUAGAUGGCCCCGCCUCCUCGGCCAUACACUCCAGGCUGCGAAAAUCUUCAAGUCCGUCCCGCCCAUGGCUGAUGGGAAGUCCAGGCCAUGUCCUGCACAGUUCUAGUCGACGUCCACCCACUAGCCCACAAAGUCGGCUCCGUUCUUUGGCUCAGUACCCAGCCAACCACAGCCCGUCAGCUCGUAACCGUCGUUGCUCUGGAGUGCCUCCAUCUCAGCAUUUGCCUACGCGACAACUCUCCAUGAGAUCCCGUAGCCUCGAUGGUCUCUUGGAUGACCCCACACCAGAACCACCAUGCCAUAAUGAGAAGGAGAAACAGUUGCUGAGAGAGUGCGAACAGUAUCUGAGUGCCCAAGAAUUAGAUUCUAAUACAGAACAAAGAGAAGGUGAUGUCCCUGAUAAUGAGGCCCAAACCUGCCCUACCAACUUGGACUUGGACACAGUGUCAACAAGUUCAAGUGAUGAAGCAAGGACAAGGAUUAGUAAGGGCUCGCAUCUUUCACUCCCACUGCCUAGUACAGGUGAACCAAAACGAAAGCGCAAUUUCAUGGAUAGAUGUGUCAAUAAAGUGAGAUCCCUCAUGAGGAAGUGAAGGUAAUGUAAGGUCCUUCUGCCAGGUUAGAAGCCACAAUUAACAACUAGGACAAAAUUAUUUUUACAGUUCAGUAACGAGUGUACAAGAAUGUGUGACUUGAAGCUGUAAGUGACAAAAAUGAACGUGUGAAGUGAUUUAUCACAGAUGUCAGACCCAUUCUACUGCAGCUGUUGGUGAGCGACUCAGGAUAUCUCCACAGAGGUGGAGUAUUUUUGUAUGAAAUGCCAUUCUGAGUGGCACUAUGUGAAUGGUAAGUAUAUACAUUUUAAAAGGUAAUUGUCCAAAUUGUAAAAAUAACCAAAAACUUUAUUAUAUUUUUCAUUUAUAUUCAUAAUAAUGUAUUUUACCAAAGGUAAUUUUAAAUGUUAACUGUUAACUCUGUCUUCAGUGUUAUAUUUAUUUCAUACCAACAAAUCUGAUGCACAGUUCACAGUGACAGCAGUGGGCACAACAAAAAUUAUAUAUAUAUAUCUCCAGUAACACACAAUAAAUAUUUCAUCAUACUUUA